CGACAAUUAGCACUUGUCAAAAUCACAAGCAUACGCAUUUUCGGGCAUUUUCUCUAUCUUAACAAAAACAGCAAUGAGUGGACGCGAAGGUGGCAAGAAGAAGCCUCUGAAGGCGCCGAAAAAGGAGCAGUCCGAGAUGGACGAGGACACUGCUGCGUUCAAGGCGAAGCAGAAGGAACAGCAGAAAGCGCUCGAAGCGGCAAAACAGAAGGCAACCAAGGGUGGCCCGCUGUUGCAGGGCGGCAUCAAGAAGUCGGGCAAGAAGUGAUCCGGCAGCUGUUACCGGAACCAGCGGUUGCUGCUGACCUCAUCUGCUGCCACUCACUCCGACAUCGGGAGGUUAUCCCGGAAGGUCGUCUGCCGCCGUUGGAUCGCCGUUUAAGUUAAGCCUACAAAUUUCCGUGUUUUCAAUGCCCGCGCUGACGGACCCGGUGUGGUUUAUACAAUAUUGAUAAAUAAACAUUUUCACUUAACGAUA